CCAUGCACCUCCAAAGCACAAAUGUAGCACAUUUUUUCCCCCCUCCUUCUCACCCCCUUCUAUACUCGGGAGUCGCGAUGACGUCAUAGGCGAGAGUGCUAAGAGUGAGGCUCACCCUCCGACUCCUUCAUCCUCAGACGAACACUAAAGACAGAGAAGGCAACAUGUCGAAGCCGAGUGCACCUCCGUUCAGCGAGCCCCCUCCAUAUGCUCCGCCCAGCUACUCUCAAGCAGUUGGAGGAGUUCCACCACAGGCACCCUUUACACCUAUGCAAGUAGCUGCCCCAACUGCCAUUGUGACAACAGUGGUUCCGCUGGGAUCGCAGUCAACGCACAUGAUCUGUCCACAUUGCCAUUCCGAGAUAGACACUGCCACCAAAACCUCUCCAUCCGUGGUAGCAUGGUUGUCUGGGUUCAUUAUUUGCAUCCUAGGGUGCUGGCUGGGUUGCUGCCUUAUUCCCUGUUGCAUUAACGAGUGCAUGAACGUCGAGCAUAAUUGCCCCAACUGCCAAGCUUUCCUGGGCAAAUACAAAAGAGGAUAGAAACAAGCAUUUUAACCUUCCACACAUCUCACUGUUAAUGGUGGUUAUUAUGUGACAGUCAGUAGCAGACAGAGCAGAUAUAUAUAGAGAUAUACAUAUGUAUAGUAUAUUUAUUUUUCUCAUUCUGCAUAUUUUAUAUUUUCAGUUUGAAAUGAAAAGUUUGAAGGAUUCUGAUGUUUUACACAUAUUCAUGCAUUGGUAUUAAUAAUAGUUCUUUGGUUAUUCUGCAAUGUGCAAUGGCCUUGCAAUAAUAAGAUAUUAGAAAAUGUAUGGUGUGAAUGGCUUCACUUUAUGAAUAAGGAUUGCCAUAAUGAAUUUUCUAAUGUAUGUGUCCAGAAAAAAAAAUUUGUACCACAACAUCGUACUAGGUGUAGAUUAUUUAUUUUAAUAGAAAGAUAGUAACUAAACUCUACAGCAGUAGCCUGCUGGCAGUGUUGAAUUUCAUGAAGAAUUAGCAGUGAAGUUCAACUGUGUUUUCUAAAGUUAUUUCAUUAUUACAUGUUGGGUGUAAAAAGAAGUUACAAAUUAGGGUCCCAAACAAGUAUUGAUAGUUUAUAGACAUUUAACUUUCUUUACACUCAAAUUUUAUAAAGUAUCACAUGGAAUGAAGAAGGAAGAAAUAUUUUAGAUUAGGUAAUCGUGUUGGUAUUACUUACUCUUCCAUGCUUGUAUAUGAAGUGCCUUGCAGAUGAGUUGAUUUUGAAUGGAUAUGCUCAUCAGAAUAGGGAAGGAAAUUUUACCCUUAUUUUGCCUUUGCUAUUACUUACUGUCACAUAUAUUAAAGAAUAUUGUGCAAAAAGGAGUUUCGAAUCUAUUUGUGAAAUAGUAAGUAGUUGCCAAAUUUCUGUUGCUCUCAAGACAUAAGUUCUCUUGUAAUGUAAUCCUGAAUCUUAUACAUUAUGUUCCAGUAGAUUAAAACAGAAAUAGGAAUUAUGGUACCUCAUCUUUUUAUCUCAUUUUCAAGACUGUCACUUGCUAUAUAAAAACCAGACCAUAUAAGGAGUUAUUUUUUUAUUCAUGGCAGUGUCAUCUUAGGUUAGUUGAAGAGCAGAUAUGUUCAUAUAGGUUGAGAAGACUUUAUUCUCCAAAUUUAUUAGGUGUUUUAUAUAUGUAUUUUAGAUGUCCAAUGCAGUUUUGCAUUGGUGCAAAACCCACUAAGAGACAAUAAUUUUUUUUUUUUUUUUUUUGGGGGGGGGGUUAUAGUUUCUUAUACUUUUUAAUUUAGGAUAAUGUCAUUGCAUUUAAGACUUCAUAUAUUUUGUGUUGUUUUGCUGUAAACUUCAGUCAUAUUACUAUUUCAAUGGCAGUAACAAUGACUUUUGGGUUGUAAUUUCUUCAGAACUUCAAGAAAAGGUUUUGACUUCUAAAAUGAAGAAAAGGAGAGGAUUUACUAGAAUGUUACUACAUGCAUAGGGGAUUGUUCUCAUUACUGAACCGUUCACAAAAUAUUAAUAUGUGUGCAUCAUUAACAUAUUAAAAAGAUUUACAAAUUUGAAUUGUUGGGAAUGGCAUUAAAACCUGAAGCAGUAGAGUUUCUAAUUUGAAACUAAAGUGACACUAACUCCAUAUACGAGUCUUUAGUAAGUUUUCAAAGUUGUACAAGUAUAUUUAUCAGUAUUUCAUGGAAUCUCAAAUUGAAGAAAAAUAAUAGAUAAUGAAAAUACAAUGCAUGAUUUUACAAAAAAAAUGUAUGAUUUGCUGUAUUUUGCAUUUUAAAGAUUCAAGGUACAAUAUUAGUAGUAUCUUCCAGUGUUUCAACAAUUUCUUUGUUAUAUAAUAUACUUUAUAAACAUUAGUCAUUAUUUUAAAUGUUAGAAACCCACCAUAGGCAUCUCCUUGUUUUUAGAUUCCUAGAAAUUGAUGAAACAUGAAGAUAGUACCUAUUUUUGAAAUCUGACAUUGUUAUUGCUAUUAUUAUUAUUAUUAUUAUUAUUAUUAUUAUUAUUAUUAUUAUUAUU